AUGAAAGAGGAUGUCGUCAUCAAAUUCGCGGCCGACCUGACGGCCCGCAAGGAGGCCGUCCGCGCGGCGUUCAAGGCGGCGCUCAAGGGCGUGGCGCCGGGCGACAAGAAGGCGCUGGAGAAGGCGAUCGUGGGCGCGGUGGCGGCGGUGGUGCCGAGCGCGAAGGGCGGCGCGGUGCGGCUGGACGGGCGGGACGUUGGGUUUGCGAAUCUAAUGUGGGAGUCUCUCAGCACGGAGACCUACGUGCAGGACUGCUUUUGA